UGAUCGAAGUAUAGCCUAUCCCAUAUUAAUUUAAAGAGAUUCAUAUUUACACUUAAAUGACGUAUUUAAAAGAACUAGCCAGGAGUCCCACCUUGACAAAUGAAAAGGAGACUGAGGUGGAAGAGAUAUUCGAUCGCGGGUGUGGCUAUAGGGGGAGUGAAACGCAUCCCUCAGGUAUCAUAGCUACGUGAUUCAGAGCUGUUCCCCAGGUGUUACUGCCGCCACCGCAGCUGAUGUAAGCAGAAGAUAAAGUUUGGGGGUGUGACACCUGCAGACCCUCAUGACUAUGUGUCGAGGUCACUUAGUUUCUUAAAAUAUCAGCUGUGCCUCGUUCACUCAGAUGUCCUGUAAGAAGUCUUUACUGGUUUGUCUCCUGGUUUCUGGAGUUUCUUUACUGAUCUAUCUCACUUGUAGCCCAAACUGGUUACAAGUGUUAAAAGAAACAAAAAUGUACUCUGUUGCGAAAAGUCCAAACACAGAAGAACCAACUGAGGAACUUUUUCAGGAAGAACCAGGGAUGUACUAUGUUGCUUACCCCAGAAAAUACAAAUUCAUCAUUGAUCAGCCAGAGAUAUGUGAACAACAAAAGCCCUAUUUGGUGGUUAUUGUCCCCGUGCCCCCUUGGGAUGUUGACGCACGCAAUGGCAUCAGGAAAACGUGGGGUAAGCAAAAGGUUUUUGGUGACAAAGUGGUGCUGGUUCUGUUUCUUGUGGGCUUACACAGUGGAAACGAUGAAGAAAUGCUGCAGAAGCGACUCCAGAAUGAGAGCCAACAAUACAAAGACCUUCUGCAGAGCAACUUUCAGGAUUCCUACAGGAAUCUGACCAUUAAAACCAUGGUGAUGAUGGAAUGGCUCAGCAAAAAGUGUCAACAGGCAACCUACGCGAUGAAAGUGGACGGAGACGUGCUGCUCAACAUGAACAACCUAAUAAAUAUGCUUGUGAGUCUGAACACAAUACAAGGCAACUAUAUGACUGGGUUAGUGUGGUACGAAAGCCCUGUCAUACGAGACCCGUCCAACAAGUUUUUCCUGCCAUAUGACGUGUACUCCAAAAAUACAUAUCCUCCAUAUCCUCUGGGCAUGUGUUACAUUAUUUCAAUGGACCUCCCACAAAAGCUCCUACAGGAAUCAAAGCAUAUUAAGCCCAUAUAUAUUGAGGAUGCAUAUCUUGGAAUGUGUUUGGAGCGUCUGGGUAUCGUCCCUAUCAAACCACCAAAUAUGGAACAGUUUGUGGUGAAUCCACCGCAGUACAAUCGUUGUUACUAUUCUGGACUGAUAGCAGUACUUACGGCAAACACAAAUCAGAUGACUUCUUAUUGGUUAGAUAUUCAUUCAUCCAGCCAACCAUGCUGAGGUGGAAACAUCCCAACCAAUAAAAGACUUGUUAACUUGGUGUACGGGUUCACUUUACAUCAGUUUACAAAAUUAAAUCAUUCCUUUUGUGUGUGUGUGUGUGUGUGUGUGUGUGUGUGUGUGUGUGUGUGUAAGCAUUUCAUUUGUUUCAAGUGAAACCAUUUGCAUCAUGAACAUAUCCUGCUCAGGAACAAUGACACAAGUAUUACAUAUAAAAACAUGUAAAAGGAUUUCCUGCAAAUAAAUGUGUAUUUUCAACCUCACCUAUGUCAUGCUUGACAGAGAAAAAUAAAGAAGAAAUUACUCUUAAUAUGUCUGUUUAACAUUUGAGUUUUUUGUUUGUUUGUAAUUCCCAUUAUUCUCAAUGGUAAUGUUAGUAGAUUUUCAAUCCUGUAAUACAAUAAUUU